AUGCGGUACCUAACUCAGGGGCCGAGCAAGAGUAUCUUCAACUACGUCCAUACUUCUACUGUAUCCCUAGAAAGUCCAGCUUCGUAUCCUAGCAUUGCGAAACAUGCUUCUCUUCCCGAGGAUGUGGUUCGACGAGUCCUGCUAUAUGCGGUGACUCUUCGUAUCUUCGGGGAGACUGAACCUGCCAUGAUCUUGGAUGAUGCUGAAGCACCGGUGAUGGUUAUGAACCAAACCCUACAUAGAUUCAGUCGAGGGAAACCUGCCUUGACCCAGGAUAUGAACGAGACAGCGUUCGCACUGCUGCACAGCGGUGGCCAGUUCGGAAAGCAUGGGAAUUCAUGGGACUUGCUGGAGAAUGACGGCGAGGGUGAGAAGCAAGGCUGGAGACUGAGUAACUUUGUUGAUUUUAUGCGCUAUGUAAAGGAGAUCUUCCAUCUCGAAGGCAUUGUGCUUGAUGCCCAGGACUGGAAAGCUGUCGGUAAGGCAACAGUAGUCGAUGUUGGUGGAUCUGCGGGUCACGAUGCUAUCAUUCUAGCGCAAAACUUCUCCGAACUCGCCGUCACAGUCCAGGAUCUGCCCAAAGUCAAGCCCGUAUUCGAAGCCAAUCUUCCCGAAGAUGUCAGGGACAGGGUGUCGCUCGUAGAGCAUGACUUCUUCCAGCCGCAGCCCGUACAGGCAGGCAUCUAUAUAUUCAAGAUGAUUCUCCAUGACUGGCCAGAUCGUGAGGCGGCUAGAAUACUGCGGGCAUUGAUUCGGGCCCUUAAGCCAGGUGCCCGCGUCAUUAUCUUUGACUACAUCGGUAAUCAGGGAGGGACAGAAGGGCCAGCUCUGCCACGCUCAGUGCAGCAAAUGGACACGGCCACAGAUCUGAUAUUGGUGGCGAUGUUCAACAGAAAGGAGCGUCUUGUUGAAGCUUGGGCAAAGGUGUUCCGUGACGCUGACGAGCGCUUCGAAGUGGCCAAUGUUAAGGCCAACCCGCAAAGCUUCUUUGCUGUCAUCGAAGCAGUUUGGCGCGGAUAG